AUGCCACACAGACGCCGGGGCGGCGGCCCCCCAGGCAGCACCCCCCCCGCGCGGACAGUAGACAGCCGCGGAACCGCACCCGGCGGAUCCGUCGGCGGCGGCGGCGGCGGUGGCGGCGGCGGCGGGGGGAAGCCCGAGGAGGAGCGCGUGCUGAUCAGCGAGAUUGUGAUUCGCGACAAGGACGGCGGCGAGGUGGAGGACGAGGAGCUGCUGCGGGUGGUGGCGGGCGCGCUCAAGGUGUCCAAGGCCAACGCCGCGCUCACCACGCGCGAGGUGCAGGAGGACGUGCAUCGCAUCAUUGACACGGGGUACUUCGCUAGCUGCCUGCCCACUGCUGAAGAUACCCGUGAUGGUGUCAGGCUCAUUUUCCGGGUGGAGGCGAAUCAGGAGAUGAAGGGGCUGAUGUGCGUGGGAGCCAAUGUUCUGCCAACACGUGUCAUUGAGGACGCCUUCCGGGACGAGUACGGCAAGGUGGUGAACAUCCAGCGUCUCAACGGGGUGCUGGAUGUGCUCAACGGCUGGUACAGCGACCGAGGGCUCUUCGGCCAGGUAACGGACGUGGAGCUGCUGUCGGACGGGGUGGUGCGGGUGAAGGUGGCGGAGGCAGAGGUGAACAACAUCACCAUCAAGUUCCGCGACCGCAAGACGGGCGAGCCAACGACAGGCAAGACACGGCCAGAGACCAUCUUGAGGCAACUCAUGACCAAGAAGGGGCAGGUGUACAGCCUGCAACAAGGGCGGCGGGACGUGGAGACGGUGUUCACCAUGGGCAUUAUGGAGGACGUCAACCUCAUUCCGCACCCCGCCCCUGGAGACACGGGCAUGGUCGACCUCACCAUGAACGUUGUUGAGCGCCCGCCAGGCGGCUUCUCUGCUGGCGGUGGGCUGUCCGGCAGCAGUCUAUCCGGAGGAGCUCUCUCUGGCCUCAUUGGCAGCUUCACCUACUCACACCGCAACGUGCGCGGGCGCAACCAGAAGCUGAAUGUGGCGGUGGAGAGGGGCCAGCUGGACUCCAUCUUCCGCGCCUCGUACAGCGACCCGUGGAUUGAGGGGGAUGAUAAGCGCACGUCCCGGGCCAUCAACAUCCAGAACUCGCGCACGCCAGACAUGAUGGUGCACGGGGUGCGGCGGGACACGAGGCAUCGCCCCAUCCGCCCCCGCUGGACCGCCACGGCCGGGCUCAACCUGCAGAGGGCGGGGGCGAGGGACGACCACGGCCACCCCAAGCUCGUUGAUGCCUAUGGCAGCCCGCUCACCUUCAGUGGGCGGGCAUCAGACGACAUGCUGAUCGCCAAGCUGGAGACCGUCUACACCGACUCGGGAGAUAACGCCUCCUCGCAGCUCGUGCUGAGCACGGAGCAGGCCAUCCCCAUCGCGCCCGACUGGCUCUUCUUCAACCGCAUCAACGCCCGCGCGCGCAACGGCUUCAGAAUCGGACAUGCACGGCUUAUCGGCAGUUUCUCAGGCGGAACAGUGGUGGGCGACCUGGCACCACACGAGGCGUUUCCCAUCGGCGGCACCAACAGCGUGCGCGGAUAUGAUGAGGGCGCUGUGGGGUCGGGGCGAUCGUACAUCGUCACCAGCGGGGAGGUCUCCUUCCCCAUGUUCGGCCCACUGGAGGGUGCUUUCUUUGCGGACUAUGGCACGGAUCUAGGCUCGGGAGCCACUGUGCUAGGUGACCCAGCAGGGGCACGGGGCAAGCCAGGGAGGGGUUUUGGGCUGGGCGCGGGAGUGCGGGUGGACUCACCACUGGGCCCUCUGCGCCUUGAGUACGCCUUCAACGACCAGAAGAUCCCUCGCUUCCACUUUGGCAUCGGCUACCGCAACUAG